ACACACUCGCCUUUCGACGUCUCUCGUCCUUUUACCUUCGUCCAUCGUCGCCUCCAUAGUAAUCAGCCGGCGGUACGCAGCGCGUACGGUAGCUGCGGCGUCGUUUACGUAUACGAACUCGUCUUUUCUUUCGUACCUUUCCUCUUAGGUACGUAAGUACGUACGUACGUACGUACGUAAGUACGUACACGUAGAUUCAUUCGUUCGUUCGUUCGUACGUUCGUACGUUCGUACGGUCGUACGUUCGUUCGUUCGUACGUCCGUUCGUUCGUUCGUUCGUACGUUCGUACGUUCGUACGUUCGCCUAUUUGUCCGUCGUUUCUUCGCUCGCGCAUAGAGUGGCCAUGCGAGAAAGGGAUAAAUCGGUGACAGGCGGUCGGCGGCCAUCUUCCAGAUGAGUUUUUCCCCUUUCUUCCGAUAAGCGGAGUGCACUAUGCCGUGAAAGAGAAACGAACGAGUAGAAAGCGAGAGAGAGGACAGAGACAGAGAGACCAUAAGAAGGAAGGAAAAAAGUGCUGUUCCAUUAUGCGUCGUGAGGUGUGUUGAACGAAAAAAAACGCGUGCUUAUCAAUAACACGAAAUAUUUUUCCGAAUCGAAUUAGACUUAUUAACCUUCUUAAUGUUGACUGAAUAAAAUAGAUUGAUCGGAGGAGGCAGAGAAAAAGAGAAAGGAAGAGGAAAAUACGGCAAAGUCGUGAAAGACGAAGAGAGAGAGAGGGAGAGAGAAAGAGACAAACAGACAAGAACAGAGAGACAGACAGAGUCAGUCAGUCAGCGAAGGAGCAAGAGGGGGUAGCGGAGAAGAAAGGCAGGAAUCGAGCGAAAAGGAAGGAGAUAGAAUAUAUAUAUAUAUAUAUAUAUACAAUACGCACACGCACACAUACACACAUAUAUAUAUAGAAAGAGAGAGAAAGAGGAAGAAGGGGGAUAAAGAGAAAAGGAAAAGAGAAGGAGAAAAAGAAACAUCGAGACCCCCCAUUGCCGCUGCUGUACAUUUUGUUCAUAAUUACGCGUAUCACGAGAGAAUUUAUUUCUAUAUUCGUAAAGCUAUUGGUCACAAUGUUAGACUCAAUAGAUAAAUAAUCGUUCUCGUAAUAAUCGGCUUUACUUCAUCGAAGAAAUCGUCGAAAGUCAGCACGUGAAAACGCGACCUGGAACGAACGAAAACACGCUAUUGCGAUUUUCUAAGCGUUGAGGUAACCUCAAAAUUGUCCAGUAAAAAUAACGCUGGACGAUUUCUCUCGAUCGAAAAUCUUCAAUAGGAUAAAGAAGAAAAAGCAGGAGAAGAAGAAAAAGAAGAAGAAAAAGAAGAAGAGAAAAGGAACGGGAAGAAGUAGAGGCCAAUAAGUCUUUUCCUUAUAACCUCUCUUCUCUCUCUUUAUCCUUCGUUACUCGGAACAACGAAUUUUGGACGUCCGUUUGUGACCGAGUGAGGAGGCGACGACGUUUCACAUUACAUACACAACAGGUACACGUCGCGUUGUGGAUUUGAAGACGUCUUCGAUCGACCACUCCCCCUCCUCCUCCUCCUCCUUCGACUUUUCAACGGUGUCGUCGUCGUUUACGUCGUCCUCGUCGUCAUCGUCGUCAUCGUCGUCGUGGUCGUCGUCGUCGUCGUCGUCGUCGCCACUGUUGCCGCUGCCACCGCCGCCGCGUUGUCAUUAUCGUUAUCGUUGUCGUUCUCGUCGUUGUCAUUAUCGUCGUCCUCAUUUUCGUUGUCAUCGUCAUCGUCAUCAUCGUCGUCGUCGGAGACGAAGACGAUGUAAUAAGUUUUUCAUUUACGCGUUCGUAAUCUUUGCUCCGUCGAAGUACGUCAUUGGAUGAGAUCUAACUUGUUUACUUGAUCUUCUAACUAAUCCAAACUGAAGUAAUUUCUCAAAUCAACUUGAUUAUUGAUUGAUAACAUUAUCAAGAUGCAUAAUGGAAAAGGUAAAAAGAUGUAACUAUGUAAUGAGAUUCGACAGAGCAAAGAACUUACUUGUUUGUUCUAAGAAGCUCGUGAAAAGUGUAUUCAAAGUGUAAUUCUAUACCAAAGACAACUGUGUUGUGACUAAUCGAACAAGAUGGAUAUCAGUGUAAUAAUGCAGUGUCGACUUUACAGAUGGAUAAACAGGGAUGACUGAGAAUUGUUGGAACUCUGGUGGUGGCGCUGGCGUCAAGAUGGAGCACUUUCAGGCCACCCUGGACCCAAGGAAGCAGGAGUUAUUGGAGGCCCGCUUUCUCGGAGCGAGGAUGUCUGCUGGGUCACAAAUUCAGAUGGCACCCCAAUCAACCGUAAACUCUGGUCAGUCGGUUCAUAGUCAAGACUCGAACAUGAGUACCGGCUCUUCGCAUAGUGAUAAGGAGGUAGAUCCAAAUACUCCAGAAAAAAUACCAAGAACUCCUUCUGAAAGGAAAAGAAAACGUAAAGCUGAUGAUGGUGGUGGGGGGGUUCCAGGAGGGCCGGUGGGUAGCAAAGGAACUAGGUCUGUUGCUGCUUUAGACAACAAAAAAAUCAACGAAUAUUUUUCAAAGCACCAUCUUGGUAAUAGUCCUAUUCGACACGGAGGAGCUAAAAGUCCUUCUCCUCAGCAGGGAUAUCCUAUGUAUCCUCCAUCGCCUCAACAACCUUUUUCACCUCAAGUAACGACGCCUAAUUCCUCGGUGGCGGAAUUUUCGUCCUUGAUGCAACCACCAAGGCCUCAUCCUCAACCUCCACCUCUUCCACCACCGUCUUCGACGCAACCUGCAGGCUCGAUGGUCAGCAAGCAGGUGCAGGUAAGGCCUACCAACCUCAGUAGGACAAGCCAGGUCAGGCAAGCGAAGACUAACACCCCAAAUACAGAACUAACUUGCCAGAGGAUACAGGAAUUUGAAACUCAAGCCUCUUCGGAUUUAGAACUACGUAAUAACAAAAUUGAUGAAUUAAAUAGAACGACAGAUGAACUUAGGCAUCAAAUGGCUAAUCAACAAAAAAUUAUUGAGCAGCACAAAUCCCAUAUAAAUAAGUGUAUAGACGUUGUAAAGAAGUUAUUAAAAGAAAAAUCAAACAUAGAAAAAAAGGAGGCUAGGCAAAAGUGUAUGCAAAAUAGACUGAGGUUGGGACAAUUUGUGACACAGAGGGUAGGUGCGACGUUUCAAGAAAAUUGGACGGAUGGUUAUGCAUUUCAAGAAUUAGCUCGAAGACAAGAAGAAAUUGCAACCGAGCGAGAAGAGAUUGAUAGACAGAAGAAAUUGUUGCUUAAAAAGAGGCCAUCCAAUAGUGAAACAAGUAGGAAGCGUAGUCAGCCACAACCUUCUUUGCAUAAUGGAACUGAAGCUACAUUCUUAAAACCAGAUGCUGUACCUGGUUCUUAUACGUGGCAAGAGUAUUAUGAAGCCGAUGAAAUACUCAAGUUGCGGCAAAGUGCGUUGAAGAAAGAAGACGCAGAUUUGCAAUUAGAAAUGGAAAAAUUAGAAAGGGAACGAAAUUUACACAUCAGAGAAUUGAAGCGUAUUCAUAAUGAGGACCAAUCGCGAUUCAAUUCUCAUCCUGUAUUGAAUGAACGUUACCUUUUACUAAUGUUAUUGGGAAAGGGUGGCUUCAGUGAAGUGCAUAAGGCAUUUGACUUAAAAGAGCAACGGUAUGUCGCUUGUAAGGUGCAUCAAUUAAAUAAAGACUGGAAAGAAGAUAAAAAGGCUAAUUAUAUAAAGCACGCAUUACGGGAAUAUAACAUACAUAAAGCUCUUGAUCAUCCACGUGUUGUAAAAUUGUACGAUGUGUUUGAAAUUGAUGCCAAUUCCUUUUGUACUGUCUUGGAAUAUUGCGAUGGACAUGAUUUAGAUUUUUACCUCAAACAGCAUAAAACUAUACCAGAAAGGGAGGCAAGGUCGAUCGUCAUGCAAGUAGUAUCGGCAUUAAAAUAUCUUAAUGAAAUAAAACCACCGGUCAUACAUUACGAUCUAAAGCCAGGUAAUAUAUUACUCACAGAAGGUAAUGUCUGUGGAGAAAUAAAAAUUACUGACUUUGGAUUAAGUAAAGUUAUGGAUGAAGAAAAUUACAAUCCUGAUCAUGGUAUGGAUCUUACAUCCCAGGGUGCUGGUACUUAUUGGUACCUUCCACCCGAAUGUUUUGUCAUUGGAAAAAAUCCUCCCAAAAUAUCAUCAAAAGUUGAUGUAUGGAGCGUGGGGGUUAUAUUCUACCAAUGCCUUUAUGGUAAAAAGCCAUUUGGACACAACCAAUCGCAAGCUACAAUUUUAGAAGAAAAUACCAUACUGAAGGCGACUGAAGUUCAGUUUGCGAAUAAACCAACUGUUAGCAACGAAGCAAAGAGUUUCAUAAGAAGCUGCCUAGCGUAUAGGAAAGAAGAACGUAUAGAUGUACUGACACUAGCUAGACACGAAUACCUGCAACCUCCUGUGCCAAAACAUGGCCGUCAAGCGAACAGUCAGCAACAGCAGCAACAACAACAAAUUCAGCAACAGCAGCAGAGCUCCUUUACUGUUGGCAUGUUUAGUGGUAUGAACGCGUCGAGCAGUUCGUAGUGGAAAUGGACUAAAGACGAAUAUCUUCGAUAUGCUAUUACAUGCCAAAUCUUGAGCACUGAACUGCGCACCAUCUCAUCUUAGGAAAAUAACGAUCGCUAUAACCAAUUGUAAAUACUAAACCGGAUACUAUCACCAUCACUACCACCACCUUCACCGUCAUCACCACCAUUACCACUACCAUCACCACUACUACCAUCAUUACUACCACUACACCACCACCACCACCAUACCGCCACAACUAUACUUACAGGUCGUCUCAUAGGACAUUGCAAGAGAGAUGCGAGACUGGUCGUCGCAAGUCCAGAAGCUUGCGUCUUUCUACAAGCCACGCUACAUUAUUCAGCAUAACAAAAAUGUUGUGUUCGUAAAUAUUCAAUUGUAUUAUCGUUCCUUGUAUCAAAACAGUGGGCUGACUUGAUAAUAGUGUUUAAAAGAAUGGAAGGAAACGGAUAAACAUGUGAUAAGUCAUUGUGAAUUAAAAAGUGAAGUUUAAACUAAAGAGGAGAGUAAGCGAAAAGGAUAUAAGAUGAUGGAAUCCAGUGGAAGUGAUUUACUCGGUGAAAAGGGAAAGAGAAAGGGAAAAAGAAAAAAAAAAAAGAAAACAGAGGGCAACGAAUGAUAAAAAUGCAGCGCGUCAAAAGAGUAAGAGACUGUGCUCUUGCGGAGACGUUCCUCUCUUCUGAAGUUACGUAUGCGUGAAUGAGUGUGAUGAAAGAUUGUUAAAUCUAGCGUGCGUGUAUAUAUUUAUACUAUAUAUAUAUAUACUAAUAAAUCCGAUAUAAUAUAUAUAUAUGGUGUAAAGAAAAAGGACAGCAUUGACAGUGGGAAGACAACUGUGGUGGCUCUAUCCUCGCAUGACCUCCGUGCAGUCAGGUAUUCCAUGAAUACUUGACUACACAUCAUGUUACUUUAUUCAAAUAUUAACAUUAUUACUUAUAUCAUGACUAAUAACAAUUAACAUACAUAAACACGAGGAGAUUUGGUUGGUUGUUCCUAUUCUGAAACGAGUGGGCUUUACCUAUACUGGAACGAUUAGUUUGAGAAUUAAAUGGAAAGAGUGGCGAUGCUCCCAAAGUAUAAAAACAAAAAAUCGUAUAGGAUCACGGUCCACCACUUGCACCCCCUCCCUUCACCUCCCGUUCAUAAAUAUAUUUUAAAUUGAGAAUUUUCUAACUCGCGAUUAAAAAACGUGUUUUUCCUUUCUAAUCGUGGACACAUCAACAUAUUAUUGCGGCCAUCUCCGUGCUAAAUCAAUUCGUAUUUAUCGGGCAUUAAAAUUUGUAAGGUAAGAAUCGUAAUAUUGUACCGACCUGAUCAUUAUUUCUUUACUCAUAAUUUGUUUUAUAUAUGUACGUUAUAUAGAGAUAAUUAUGAAAUAGAAGACUAAGUUAUUUUAUCAAGUGCCCUUGCUUUGUAUUAUAGUCGUGUCUGUCGACAAACUGCAGCUUUGGGGAGUAAUAGAAAGAAGUUGUUAAAAUGUUGUAAGUUGUUGGUACAAUGUGGGCACGGUAUUGAUGACACAAUACCAACGUGAUUGGCAAAGUAUGGUCAGAGGAGAAUACAUUACAAGUCUGAACAGAGUCUGCUACUA